GACAGAGGUAAACAAGCAAACUCUACGACGCUCUCCGACCACAAAGUGCGAGCAUUACCCAGCAAGAAAAGUCUGAGCAAGUCAGAAAGUGACAAUGUUGCUCCAACAUAGAGCUGUCAUUGCAUUUGGUCUUCGCAUGUGCUCUACGCAUGUGACGGGAGGACCUUUGAUGGAGGCAGCAAGACCUAGCUCUGACAUGUAUGAGUUCCGCAAGGUCUUUUCCAAAGCCAGGCACAUAGCAAUCAUCACAGGAGCAGGCGUGGGUGCAGAAAGUGGAGUACCAACCUUCAGGGGAGAAAAUGAGAAAUGGAGGAAGUGGCAGUCACAGGACCUGGCUACUCCAGAGGCCUUCUCUCGCAACCCAUCACGAGUCUGGGAGUUCUACCAUUACAGAAGGGAGCUUGCGUUGAGCAAAAAGCCCAGUGCUGUUCAUCUGGCUAUAGCAGAGUGUGAGGCCCGGCUGAGAAAACAGGGACGCUCUGUGGUCGUCAUCACGCAGUGCAUUGACGACCUGCACCGACACGCGGGGUCCAAACAUGUGCUAAAGAUUCAUGGCAGUCUGAUGGAGACACGCUGUGUGAGUUGUACACAUGUGACCAUGAACAAGCAAAGCCCCAUAUGUGCUGCCCUUAAGGACAAAGGAGCACCUGGACCAGAUAUUGCUGAUGCCCAGAUUCCUGUGGAUAAACUGCCAAGGUGUGACGACAAUGACUGCCACGGUCUGCUGAGGCCUAACGUUGUGUUUUUCGGGGAGACUCUGGACUCUCAUACCCUGACCAAAGUGGAAAAAGAACUGGAAAUCUGUGAUCUCUGUCUGGUGGUGGGCACGUCUUCAAUCGUUUACCCAGCAGCCAUGUUUGGGCCGCGGGUUGCAUCCAGAGGCGUCCCAGUGGCGGAAUUUAACACGGACACAACACCAAAAACUGAGUACUUCACGUACCAUUUCCAGGGUCCAUGUGGAACUACACUGCCUCCUGCCUUGACACGACAUGAGUCAGAGGUUAUUUAAGCCCCGUGGGACUGAUUUAACAGACAACCAUCAGUGGCUUCUUCUACAGUUUAAAGCAAGCCAAAGCUGUAAUAUUUCAUGGCAUUUUUGUCAGUCCAAAUGUUUACCUUAAAACUACUUUAGCUUGGCAGAGGGAGGCUUGAAUGUAAGUUGUCUUUUUAGAUCUGUCAAUACUUGAAUAUAUAGUUCACUAAACUGAAAAUGGGAUAUUGUAUGUUUUACAUAUUUGCUGUGUAGAUUUUAUGCAGGAAUUAAGCAGCUUGAUAUAACAAAGGGAAUGCGCUAUGUAUGUAGUUAAUUGCAUAGGAAGCUAUCUCUUCAUAACAGAAGGUAUUGCUAUUCUUUACAUAUAAUACUAGUCACUGCUGGUGGGGAUUUGCUAUAUUUUGGAUAUACUAUGCUCUAAAAUUAGGCAGUACAAUGGAACAACAUACUACUUCCGGUGCAAGUGGAGUAUAUUCCUCCUCAUUCUUUCCACUGAAUGAACAGAUGUACAGACCAUAACAUAAUCUUGUGCCUUUCAUGCUGUUUACACAACCUUGACCAAAUGCUCGCUUUAAACCUCAAGUGCAAAUCAACCGCUGUUACAGAGAUUUAGUGUAGAGAGUUUUGCUGUUGACCAAGGACAGAGAGGAUAGAGAGAUGGAAAUAUAUUUUCAAGCAUAGCCCGAAUCAGCAUUAUUCCCUCCUUGUGCUCUUUGGUUGUUUAUUAGUCUGUCAGUAAGGUUACAUGUCAUGGAUUAUUCGUGAUACAUUUGAUAUAUUUUUUAAACAUUUAAAUGCCUGUUUUUGAACAAAAUGUGUUCAGUCACUGUAGAUGUACAUUGUUUAAAAAAAUGAAAGCAAUCAUACAAUAUUUAAUUAAAGAUGAUCUUUUUUCUUUACAUAUUUGCUUAAAAUGUACUUUAUUAAAAUUGCCAUUGCAAUGACGCCAAAUGCAAUAAUUAAAACACUAAAUGUA